AUGGACGAGAAAAAGAAUGAAAAAGCAAUUAGAAAUCAAAUUGUUGAAACUCAAUUAGGAGUUCUUGCACAGGUGAGUCACAUAAUUUAUGAUAUAUAAAAUAUUCCAAUAAUUAUUUUGCAGGAAGAACAAUCAUUGAAAGAAACUUUGGUAAAAUUGGAAUCUCAGAAAUGGAAUUGUUUGAGAGAAAUUGAACAUCUGAAAAGAACCCAGGAAGCUACUUUGAAUCAAUAUAACUACAGUAACCAAGCAUAAUUUCAGCGGUGUUUGUAUAUUUCAAUGAAUUAAUUUGUUUUUUUUUGUAUCAAAUCAGAAGAUCAGUCGAAAAACAUUGUUAUGAAUUAUUACAAAAGGUAUGUAAAUACCUUUCAAGUAUUCUUCUCAAUUAUAAUUACAGUACUUCAGAAUUUCGAACAUCUUGAUUCUUGAUUUUAUAAUUGAUUUUGGUUGUCGCAAGAAAAUCAAAAAAUGCGAAAUAUUCAAAGACGAAUCGAUGAAUUUUACGUUCAAAAUUUGA